UUACCUAGCAAGCUGGCUGCUGUUGAUAGAAACAUGGCGUCACAGUCCAGCCUCUCUACUUUAUUUCCCAUCCAAAGUGAGCUAGAUUGCGCUCUAGAUGAAGCUUCUACUCACCAAGAGAAAGAAGAUCUUGUCAACGAGUAUUUGAAAAAACUAGACGAAAAAGAGGAUCUGAAGAUACCGGAUUUCGAGACAGGCUUGGAAUGGCUGAACACGGAGGGCCCUCUGUCUCUGAACAAGGAGCUGGCUGGUAAAGUGGUGCUGCUGGACUUCUUCACCUACUGCUGCAUCAACUGCAUGCACAUCCUGCCUGACCUGCACCAGCUGGAGAAGAAGCACUCGGCCAAAGAUGGAUUGAUUAUUGUUGGUGUGCACUCAGCUAAAUUCCCCAAUGAAAAGGUCCUUGACAACGUCCGCAGCGCUGUGCUCCGCUAUGACAUCUGCCACCCGGUAGUGAACGACAGCGAGGCGCGCCUGUGGCAUGACCUGGAAGUGUCCUGUUGGCCAACACUGGUCCUACUGGGACCCCGGGGCAACCUUCUCUUCUCCCUGGUGGGCGAAGGCCACCGCAACAGGCUGACGCUGUUCACUGACUGCGCCCUCCGUCACUAUGGGGCUCAGGGUCUGCUGAAGACGCACACGGUGGGGAUCAAGCUGUACCGGGACUCCCUGCCCCCCAGCGGGCUCUCUUUUCCUGGAAAGGUUGCUGUAGACAACAGCAAGAAAAGACUGGCCAUAGCAGACACUGGGCAUCACCGGAUUCUGGUGGUGUCCUCCACCGGAGAGCUGUUACAUGUCAUUGGAGGGGCUCAAAGCGGGAGACAAGAUGGUGACUUGUCUGAGGCAUCCUUUAACUCCCCUCAGGGCGUGGCCUUUAAAGGGGACACUGUAUACGUGGCCGACACAGAAAACCACCUGAUCCGAAAGAUUGACCUGUUGGAGGGAAGAGUCAGCACUGUCGCUGGAGUGGGUACUCAAGGCACAGACAAAGAGGGAGGGGCCCUGGGAACCCAGCAGCCCAUCAGCUCUCCCUGGGAUGUGACUCUCGGCACCGCCGGCGGAUCUGAGGAUAACGUGCUGUGGAUAGCCAUGGCAGGGACCCACCAGAUCUGGGCUUUGUUCCUGGAGGAUGGGAAACUUCCAAAAGGAAGUGAGUCCAAGGCGGGGACGUGCGUGCGGUGGGCAGGCAGCGGCAACGAGGAGAACCGGAACAACGCGUACCCGCACAAGGCCGGCUUUGCUCAGCCUUCAGGCCUGGCUGUGGCCCCAGAGGAGCCGUGGAGCUGCCUGUACGUGGCUGAUAGUGAAAGCAGCUCCAUCCGCACGCUGGCUCUAAAGGACGGAGCCGUGAAGAUGCUGGUCGGGGGAGAGAGAGAUCCACUGAACCUUUUUGCUUUUGGGGAUGUAGACGGCAAAGGGGUGGACGCCAAGCUGCAGCAUCCUCUCGGUGUUGCCUGGUCCCCUGAACAAAGCCUGCUCUAUGUGGCCGACUCCUACAACCACAAGAUCAAAGUGGUGGAUCCAAAGGCAAAGCAGUGUAGCACGUUAGCAGGGACUGGAGUGGCUGCAGAUACUGUGGGCCCUGAGUUUAGCACAUCCUGCUUCAAUGAACCUGGAGGAAUCUGCGUCGGAGACAACGGCAAAAUCCUGUACGUGGCAGAUACCAACAACCACCAAAUCAAAGUGCUGGACCUGUCCUCCAACACCGUUUCACUGUUCUCCAUCUCCACAGACUGGACUGACUCAGUACCUUCAAAGCCUGCGGGUCCUACAAGAGCUCCCGAGCUGCCGAAAUCCGCCGCCAGGAAUGAAAUGCCACCAGUGGUCGUGUCGGCUGGCCAGACUCUCGUCAUGUCGCUCACUCUGACGCUUCCAGAAGGAACCCAGCUCACCGAAGAGGCCCCCAGCUGCUGGGCUCUCUCAGCUGAGGGUAACGACUGGCUGCUAGAUCAACCGGUGCUUUCUGGUGACAUCCUAGAUCUGUCGAAGCCGCUCACCAUCUCAACCAAGCUUCCAGCAGUUAUAAAGGACAUGGAGAGCAAACUAAGCCUCACUCUGAGUGUAUGGGUGUAUUACUGUAUGGAAACAGGUAAAGCUUGUAUGAUGAAAGCAGCCUCCUUCACCCAGCCUCUUCAAAUAAGUGCCGAUUCCCGAGUGGAGGAACUCACUGUGGCAUUGGCUCAUGUUUUCUAAAACCUCUUACAUGUUUUAUUCACAAAAGUGACAAAAUCGACACUCCAUGUGGUCCGUUUUACUUUAAUUUCAGCAGCAUCCAUCCCAAACCCCUUUUUAAGUUCAUAUUUCUAGAACAAGAAAACAAAGAAUGUAAUACAAACUGGAUUUUGAAAGGGAACUUCAUUUGAAACUACUCUGAAACAUAAUGCAUCAGUGCUGUAAUGCCCUUUACUGUGAGUGACAGUUAUUGGUAGGAAUGCAAAUAGUUACAUCCCCAGGCAUGUUAUCAAGGAUACACAGCAAAUACAAUGGCUGCCUAAAUAAUUGUGUCUAUAUGAUGGUAUAUUUUAUGCAAAAAUUCCUACAAGGACAGGCUGAACUAGCCUACUGUAAAAAAAAACUGUCCACAUUUUCUAUUGUUAUGUAUUGUCACAGGACUAAAUGAAUGCAGGAGGUUAAAUUUACCCUGUGGAUUUAAUAAGCAACUUAUUAAGAAUAUUAAAUCAGCAGUUGGUGAUGGUGUCAGUGGGUUCUAGACAUACAGAGUUUCUAUCAUUUAAUGAUGGAGGAUUGAAAAUACUUUUGUAGUAAAGCAAAAGCAGAAGGCCCGAAUUAGUGGGCUUUUUACAUUCAAAAUACAUGUUACCCCAAAUUCUGGCAUAGAAAGAUUAGAUGCCUUCUGUUCAAACAUAAACUCCCACAAACACUAAUGGAACUUUUUCUAGUCUCUUUUUUUUUUUUUUACGGGAUAUAAAUGCAGCCUCUGCUUUUCAUGCUAAUAUAGAAUCAUAAAGAGGAAUAAAAGGAAUUAUGUCUUGCAGGGACUUAAAUAAAUAGUAUCAUUAAUAUAUCAGAAACUUCAGGGUAUUAAACAAGUUUCUCCUAUUUGAAAUUUAAUAAUAUAUUUCCAUGUCUGUGUUGCUUUAGUUUAAAGUCAGUCAGCUUCAUGGUGCCUUCAGGCGCGCUAAUACAGCUUGCGUAAACAUUUAUCUACUGAAUGUCACCGAAGACAGACCAGUCAUUUGUAAUUUACAAAGUUCACACUAGUAUGUUAAAGCUUUUUCUUGUCUCCGCUCCAUGUAUGAGUGAUUGUACUUAUUAGUGUAAUUAUUCACAACACAAGGAGCCUUUUUGAUUUAGAAAGAAAAGCUUCCUGUUUUUGAUAAAGGAAGGCAACCACUGGUGAACUAAGGAACUGCUGCCUGUGCACUUUGAGGGAUAUUUAAUUAAGGAAAACGUCUUAAAACCUCUCUAACAAGCAUUUAUCCACUUCAUCUCCACUCCAUACAAGGGAACAAAACAUGAAAGACAUGCUCUCAGUUUGUUUUACCGUAACACACUGUGCUUUUUCUUCUGUAAUAUACAGUAAUAUAAUAAUGUCAUUUUCCCUACUGGUUUUCUAAUUUAUGAGCUGUUGUCAGAGUCUGAAAGUGCUUGGGUUGUCAUUCCUGCCGUCACGUCUCACAGCAUAAUUCUCAUUGUAGGAAUUUUUUUAUUUGGUUUGGAAGUGCCUUGAAAAUAUGGUGCGAUACAGAGAACCUAAACUGUAUCAAAAGCAAUAAAAAUCCACCUCUUUAAUGGGAAAACUGUUUUAUUCCCACCAGAUAUUUAUUCCUAUUUAGAACUGCGAAAGAUUUAAGCUCAGCUGUUAUAUCCCUAUGGUGUUUUUUAAUAAACAACAAUGAGCUUGACUA